AUGGCUGCUCAACCUACCACAAUCCCUCUCCUUACCCCUUACAAAUUGGGAAAAUUCAAUCUUUCUCAUAGAGUUGUUUUAGCGCCAUUGACUAGACAGAGAUCAUACCACAAUGUUCCUCAACCACAUGCCAUCUUAUAUUACUCUCAGAGAACAUCCAAUGGGGGUCUUCUCAUAGCUGAAGCCACAGGAGUUUCUGACACAGCUCAAGGGUAA